UCUUGAACAUACUCUUAAUUGCCUCUUAUACUUGAAAAAUCGAACUAACAUCUUAGAGUUAUACAUGUCUUCAAUAGAUCUCUUAUCUUAUCUUCUAUUUUAAACUACACUAAAUAAAUGUGUGUCAAAUAGAGCUGAUACCGGCUUACCGCUUACCUCCGCGCACUGCACACGUUCGACGAAAUGCCGCCGCGAGCCCUCUUCGUCGUCAACUGAGAUUUGCCUCACAUCAUCUCCGAUUCCUUCCCCUACUUCCGUCCCCAUCAGUGGACCCAGCCGAGAUCGACUGGAUCUCCUGGCUCGGGCGGCUUUGAUGGUUCCUGGGGUCGGCCCGGGGAGGAGUUCGAGGCGAUGAGCAGGCUUGCGUCGGGGCUCCAGCGCCCGCGGAGGUCGUUGUCGCCGUGCGAGGUGCUGUGGUGCGCGCUCGCGUCAUGCGGCCUAGUGCUUUUCUCGCAGCUCGCCGUGGCGAUGGUUCCCCGCCUCUUCCCUUCCCUCUAUCUCCUCGCCAUGCUCCCCAUCGCGGGGCUGGUGUUACUCGCGGCUAUCGUGCUCGGCCGCCUGUGGAGGAGGUUCAUCGGAGUGACGGCGUCGGCGCCGCUCUUCGUGCUCUUCAACAUCCUCCUAUCGUGGGGCGUUUACAUCUUCGUAAUCCGUAGAAAAACUUCUUCUCUGCUGGACAUGCUAAUAAAUGCAGAAUGUGCACUGCUUCUGUGGGGAUUCUACAGGAUUUUAUCUUGUGAUCCUGGUAUUUUUGCUUGUGAUUCUUCUUAUUUGGCAGAGGCUGGUUGCAAGGAUUUUGUGGAAGCUAUAUACACGAGUGAGAGACUCCCAAUGCUCUCAAGAGUCAGGCAGUGUACCUGGUGCAAAGCAAACAUUAGGGGCUAUGACCAUCAUUGCCCUGCAUUUGGUACUUGUAUAGGACAGAAAAAUCAUCGUCUAUUUAUGGCCCUUUUGACAGGAUUUGUUGUUGCUGAAUCAACAUAUACGAUGUGCUCAACAAAAUAUAUUACUAUAUGCAUUAGCUCAGGAACUAUAAAAUCAGAGAAUCCUGUAUCUCUAAACAUGGUAAUCAGUACAAUGCUCUUCUCUAUCCUCCAAGUCCUCUGGCAGAUUGUAUUCUUGAUGUGGCACAUAUAUUGCAUCUGCUUCAACAUCAAGACAUAUGAAUUAACUGGAAGAAAUAUCCUGAGUUCCAGAUGAAGGAACAACCUCGAUCAGAUUCUGAAGUCAAAUCUAUGAACCCAUAUGACAAAGGCAUGCUGUGUAACAUAAGAGAUUUUCUAAAACCAGUUUUGAGUACGAAGACCUGACCUCUGAUGGAACUAUAGAAACAUGGGAAAUCUGAAGUGCGUUAUACUGGAGCCAACAUGGAAGCUUGUUUCCCUUGUUGCUGCCGUAGCAUUUAUUGAGACUCGUCGUGAGGAUUCUGCUGUGUAAUUUAAUGUGCAAGUAGCAUUCUUUUAUAAGAUUACUUCCGACCGGGAAUUCUAGUCUCUUAACUUCAGAACUGAUUUGGUGAGUAGGUAAAUAGAGGGGAUCUAUGGGGUCCCUUACUAUUCAUAUGGAGUUCACAUCGUGAUCCUGCAUUUU